GUUAAUUAACUAAGACACCGUUUGCAGUGGGAGUACUUCCUGUUGAAACACAAACGUCAAAACGUUUUGAAUAAAUAAUUUCACUACCAAAAUAAGCAAAAAUGUCACUUGCAGGAUUUAAAAAGCAGCUGAACAAAGCUAACCAGUUCAUGAGUGAGAAAAUUGGUGGUGCUAAAGGAACUGAGCUUGAUGAUGAAUUUUGUGAAAUGGAACGGAAAAUUGAUGUGAUGGGGAAGAUGGUCGAGGAUCUGAUCACCAAAACUCAUGAAUUUUUACAGCCCAAUCCUGCUUCAAGGGCUAAGUUAUCAGCCAUGGGUUCGUUUCAAAAGAUACGAGGGCAGGCAAAAAGCACUUUGUACCCACAACCAGAGGGCGUACUUGGGGAACAUAUGCAAAAACAUGGACAAGAUAUGGGGGAAGAUUCUUUGUUUGGCCAGAGUUUGGUAGAUGCUGGGGAAUCGUUUAAAAGAUUAGCUGAAGUAAAAUAUUCAUUAGAAGAAAAUGUUAAACAGAACUUUCUAGAACCUUGGACACAUCUUCAAACUAAAGAUUUAAAAGAAGUCAAUCAUCAUAGGAAAAAGUUAUCUGGUAGAAGAUUAGACUUUGACUGUAAACGCAGGAAAAAGGAGAAAGAGGGUGCUCGUGCAGGAGGUUCGACAAUCACCGAUGAAGAUUUACGACUGGCUGAAGAAAAGUUUGAGGAAUCGAAACAGCUUGCCGAGACUGCAAUGUAUAAUCUGCUUGAAAAUGAUGUAGAGCAAAUAGCACAAUUACAGUCAUUUAUUGAGGCCCAGACUGAGUACCAUCGUCAGGCUCUUGACAUCUUACAGGACCUCGGUGAAACCAUUGAAUCAAGACGCAAUGAGGCUGCUAAUCGACCAAAAUCUGACCAUAUUCCCAAACGUGUGGGUUCAUUCAAGAGAAGCCCCUCCCCUUAUGACGACAGUGACAGUGGUAGUUACAACUUCAAUAGUGCACCGGCUUAUGCUACCAAUUCCCGACCAGCAAAGAAGGACCCAUGUGCAGAAGCUUUGUAUGAUUUUGAACCUGAAAAUGAAGGAGAACUUGGCUUCCAAGAAGGCGACAUUAUAACUCUAAUUACACAAAUUGAUGAUAAUUGGUUUGAAGGCAAAGUGAAUGGAGUCACUGGAUAUUUUCCAAUAAACUAUGUCAAAGUUGUUGUUCCUUUACCAUAAUCAUACAUUUGAUAAUUGUUUAGAUUUUCAAUUUCGGACUAUGAGUUCUUUAUACUGCCAAUUUAUUGUGGAAUUUUGCCCUUCAUGAAAUGUUAUGAUCCCCAACUCCUUACCCCCCAACUCCCGCCCCUACAUCCCCCAAUAUAGAUAUGAUUUCUUUGUCCAUACAAGAUUUAUGUUGGCAUAGAUUCUUUAUAUAUUUUCUGUAAUUUGUUCAUGUGUAAGGUGUAAAGUACUUAAUAAUGUUAUAUAAUUACCUUAUUGUAAAUUGUUGUUGUUGUUGUUGUUGUAGUAAUACUCCAUGUAUCGUGAUAUAAUAUGUUGCACUUUUUGUACCCACAUUUCUCACCUGUUAGAAAACCCUAUUUUGGCUAGCAUUAUAUCAUGCAGUCCAAAAUUCCACAGUAUGUUUUGGCUUGUAGAUAAAUAUAGAAGAAAAGACAUGACUAUUAUUAAGGUAGUUUAUAUACAUGUAUAUAAAAUGUAGUUGAACCAUCAUUUUUUUCAAAUGGUAUAUUCCAUGGUAUAAUUUUGUUUAAAUGUAACCAGUAACAUAUGUUAGACUCUAUUAAACAUGACAAGAUGUAUGCUUCUCUAUUUGAAUUUAUAAACAUUCCACUUAGGGGGAGAUAAUCCUGUCAGAUUUUUAUUCUUUAAUAAGCUCAAAAAGUUCUACUGAAAGCAUUUAGUAUUAUUAUAAAAUACUUUUCUUUACCAUUUGUCAUUUAACUGAUUAAUAUCUAAAGUACUAUUAAAGUGUCAUUAAAAUUGUUCAACAAUCUUAUCAGUCUUGUAUUAGCAUAUGACAGCUUGUGCAGGUACAAGAAAGCUAAAACUAAGACAUUCUCUAAGUUUGUGAUCAUUUAAUCUCAUUACUUAAAUUAAUAAUGUAAAAUUUCCAUCCGGACAUUUUGUUUUUAUAUUUGUAUUUAUGCAUGUAUGUGCAUUGAUAUAAUUAGGAACGUAUGUCCUCCAUAUCAUACCCCCUUUUCAAUGGUCAUGAUUUAACAUGUUGAUAGAUAGUAAAUUUUUCAUUUCAUAUCUUGUCAUUUCCCAUUGUAUCAUUUUGAUUAAACUCCCUAUUUGAAUGAUUGUGGUUUUCACAAUAAGUGUCAAUGAAUCUCAAUAUUGACAGGGUUUUUGAAAAACUGCUGUCUUUAUGCAACAAGCUGGCUCAAUUUGAGACAAAGUUAGGUGACAGAUGACAGGAGAUACAGUUAGGUAACUUAGCUUUAAAAUCAUGGUAGAUAAAGUUAUGUGAAAGAUGACAGACGAUACAGUUAGGUUUGAAAUUCUGGAAGAUAACGUUUGGAGACAGAUGACAGACGAUACAGUUAGGUUUAAAAUUAUGUUAGAUAAAGUUAGGUGACAGGUGAAAAAGUUAGAAUUAGGUAAAAAAUAGUGGAAGAUAAAGUUUGGUGACAGAUGACAGAAAAUACAGUUAGGAAGAUAAAGUUUGGUGACAGAUGACAGAAAAUACAUUUAGGAAGAUAAAGUUUGAUGACAGAUGACAGAAAAUACAGUUAGG